AUGGUGUCCACCAUUUUUCUGAGCACCUUUUUGUUUCAUUUUAUUGUUGCUGUGGCUUCAGAACCGCGAUAUAUUCUGUGGAUCUCCUCUGUGGUACAGAGUCAUUCUACAGAAAAGGCUUGUCUCCACCUUUUAAACCUCAAUGAAUCUGUGUCUUUGAGUGUUGUUUUAGAGUAUAAUGAAUUCAAUACCACUAUUUUUGACCAGUCUGUGGAAGAGGAGAACUUCUAUGCUUGUGCAGAUUUCAAGGUUUCUCCAAAGUCCUCUGAACAGUUGGCUUUUGUGACAUUGUUGGCUAAGGGAGAUACUCUUAAAAUCUUUGAAAGAAGAUCCGUAGCACUCACUUCAGAAGAGACAGUAACCUUUAUGCAGACAGAUAAACCAAUCUAUAAACCUGGAGAGAAUGUUCAAAUUCGCAUCGUGACACUGAAUACCAAGUUCAAACCUGUUGAGGAUUUGUACCCUUUAAUCACACUUCAGGAUCCUCAAAAUAAUAGGAUUUUUCAAUGGAAAAAUGUGACUUCUUUUCAAAAUAUUACCCAACUCUCAUUCCCAUUGAUUUCAGAACCAAUGUUUGGAGAUUACUCUAUUAUUGUACAAAGGAAAUCAAGAAAUACAUUGAUACACCAAUUUACUGUUAAUAGAUAUGUGUUGCCCAAGUUUGAAGUUAAAGUCAAUGUGCCACAAACAAUAACUAUUUCAGAUGAUGAAUUCCAAGUGGAUGCAUGUGCUAAGUACACCUUUGGCCAACCUGUGCAAGGGAAAGCCCAAAUCCAUGUGUGCAGAGAGUAUUUUUCCUCACAGAAUUGUGAGACAGACAACAAUGAAAUAUGUGAACAAUUUAUUGCACAGUUGAGAAAUGGUUGUGUUUCUCAAAUUGUAAAUACGAAAGUCUUCCAACUCUACCGUUCUGGAUUUUACAUGUCAUUUCAUAUCACUGUAACUGCGACAGAAAUUGGAACAGGUAAUGAUUGUAUACAGAUCAGCGAAAAGGCUUCUGUUUCUAUCACUCAACUGCUUGGGAGUGUGAAUUUUGAGAACAUGGACACUUUUUAUAGAAGAGGAAUUCCUUAUUUUGGAACGCUUAAAUUUUCCGGCCCUAAUAAUGUACCGAUGGUGAACAAGUUAUUGCAAUUGGAGCUUAAUGACAAAUUUAUAGGAAAUUACACCACAGAUGAGAAUGGAGAAGCUCAGUUAUCUAUUGACACUUCAGAUAUAUUUGAUCCGGAGUUCACCCUUAAAGCCUCAUAUCUUCACCCUGAGAGCUGCUAUCUUCCCAGCUGGUUGACACCUAAAUAUGUGGAUGCCCAUUUUUCAGUCCCACGCUUUUACUCUCGAACGAACAGUUUCCUGAAGAUUGUUCCUGAACAAAAGCAACUUAGAUGCGAUCAACAGAAAAUUGUUACUGUGCAUUACUCACUAAACAGUGAAGCAUAUAAGGAUGAUUCAAAUAUAAACUUCUUUUAUUUGGUAAGUCUCAGCUGGUGGAUUUUUGGAUCUUUAUUACAUCUGUCAAUGGUAUCUCCUAUUUACACAGCCUGGAAAGGAAACUUCUCAUUCCCAAUCAACAUCAGCGCUGACCUGGCUCCUGUGGCCAUCAUGUUUGUCUACACCCUUCACCCCAGUGGGGAAAUCGUGGCUGACAGUGUCAAAUUCCAGGUUGACAAGUGCUUUAAAAACAAGGUUAGCAUAAAGUUCUCUAAGGAGCAGGGACUACCUGGCUCCAAUACUAGCCUGUAUCUUCAAGCAGCCCCUGACUCAUUCUGUGCCCUCCGGGCUGUGGAUAAGAGCGUUCUUCUACUGAAAUCAGAAAAAGAGCUGUCAGCUGAAAAUGUAUACAGUCUGCUUCCAAAUAUAGAACUUUAUGGUUAUUUCUAUCAUGAUCUCAACCUUGAUGAUGCCAGGCUAGACCCUUGCAUUCCUCAGAAAGAUAUGUUUUAUAAUGGCUUGUAUUACAUACCUGUAAGCAACAGUGGGGAUGGAGACAUAUAUAAUAUCAUCAAGGACAUGGGUCUGAAAGUUUUUACCAAUCUCCAUUACCGGAAACCAGAAGUAUGUUCAAUGGAGAGAAUGAAGCCAUUUCCUAGGCCACUGUAUCUAGCCAGAGGAGAUUCUAAACUGUUGUACAGUGCAUCUAAAGCUGCAGUCAUGCAGGAAAAUUUUGACUCUGUAGAACAGGCUAUAACGGAAACAGUAAGAACAAACUUUCCAGAGACAUGGAUAUGGGACCUCGUCAGUGUCAAUUCUUCAGGUUCAGCAAAUCUUUCAUUUCUCAUCCCUGACACUAUCACUCGAUGGGAGACAAAUGGCUUCUGUAUGAAUGGAGAAGUCGGUUUUGGCAUUUCAUCAACAAUUGCCCUGGAAGUCUCCCAAUCUUUCUUUGUUGAAAUGACCUUACCCUUUUCAGUCAUUCGAAAUGAACAAUCUGAUGUGAUUGUUACUGUCUUCAGCUACCUGAAUACAUGUAUAGAGAUUUCUGUUCAACUAGAAGCAUCUCAGAAUUUUGAGGCAAAUAUCAGCACCCCUAAAAACAAUGGCAGUGAGAUUAUUCAAGCUGGAGAGAGGAAAACAUACGUCUGGACUCUUACACCUAAGAAAUUGGGUAAAGUGAACAUCACUGUAGUCGCUGAGUCCAAACAGAGUAGUGCUUGCCCUAAUGGAGCAACUGAGCAGCAAAAUCUAAACUGGAAAGAUACUGUGGUCAGAAGCUUGUUAGUAGAGCCUGAAGGUAUUGAAAAAGAAAAGACUGAAAGUUUCCUUAUCUGUACUAAAGGCACCAAAGUCUCCAAACAGGUAAUUUUGGAUUUGCCAAACAAUGUGGUAGAAGGAUCAGCCAGGGCCUUUUUCACUGUUGUGGGGGAUAUUCUCGGACUUGCAACACAGAAUCUGGAGAAUCUUCUCCAAAUGCCUUAUGGAUCUGGAGAACAGAAUAUUGCCCUACUCGCGUCUGAUACCUAUGUCCUUGACUAUCUGAAAUCUACUGAACAAUUAACAGAGGAAGUUAAAUCUAAGGCUUUAUUUUCCUUAUCUAGUGGUUAUCAAAAGCAGUUGUCUUUCAAAAACUCUGAUGGCUCAUAUAGUGUGUUUUGGCAGAGAAAUCAGAAAGGAAGCUUAUGGCUCAGUGCACUUACUUUUAAGACAUUAGAAGGAAUGAAGAAAUAUGUUUUCAUUGAUGACCAAGUUCAACAACAGACCUUAAUCUGGCUUUCAAGCAAACAGGAAAGCAAUGGCUGCUUUAAAAGUGAUGGCAAGCUUUUUAACAAUGCCUGGGAGAGUGGAGAUGAAGAGGACAUUUUACUCACUGCAUAUAUUUUUGGAGCACUUCUUGAAGCCGGGCUCAAUUUUACUUUUCCCGCUCUACGACAUGGGCUCUUUUGUCUAGAGGAGGCACUAGAAAAUGGUAUCACCAAUGGCUAUACUCAUGCAGUGCUAGCUUAUGCUUUUGGAUUAGCUGGAAAAGAGAAGCAAGUGGAAUCCUUACUCCAGAUCCUGGAUCAAUCUGCUACAAAAAUAAAUAAUGUGAUAUACUGGGAAAGACCAAAGAAACCUAAGACAGAAGCAACCCCAUUCUUUACUCCUUGGGCACCUUCUGCUGAGACUGAGAAGACUUGUUAUGUGCUGUUGGCUCUCAUGUCCCAGAAAAUGCCUAAUCUCACCUAUGCUAGUAAGGUUGUGCAGUGGCUUGCUCAACAGAUGAAUUCCCAUGGUGGCUUCUCUUCCACUCAGGUGAUUGGCGUGAGUCUGAUAUUAAUAACAAUAUGUUUAAUGCAAAAAGCAUUAACCUUCUCUAAUGAUCAAAACACUGUCACCUUUAGCAAUGAAGAAUCCAAUGAGAUUUUCCAAAUUAACAGUGACAAUCGCUUACUGGUCCAACGUUCAGAGCUAACAAAAGCACAUGGACAAUAUACAGUAGAUGUGGAAGGGCAAGGUUGUGCAUUUAUCCAGGCUACCCUUAGGUAUAAUGUGCUACUACCUAAGAAGGCAUCUGGAUUUUCCCUUUCCUUGCAAAUGGCAAAGAAAAACUCUUCAGAUAUAUUCCAGAAUAAUUUUGACCUGACAUUGUCUGUCAAAUACAUUGGAAUGCGCAAUAACUCCAAUAUUGUUCUUGUUGAUGUAAAAAUGCUAUCAGGAUUCACUCCAGUCAUGUCAUCCAUUGAGGAAGUAAGUAAUAGAAACUCAGUUUCAGCACAGAAAAAGCAAUAG